AUGUCCGGCUCAUUAGCAAGUCACGACCAGAACCCCUAUGAGUACUACGCGAGCUUUACAGGUCGACCAGCCCUCCAGGAUAAAUUUCGCGAUAUUGAUGAGGAGUCUUGUUUUCAUGCAUAUCUCAGACGCCUGCGAGAUGCACAGACGCAGAAUUUCGUGCUGGAUUUCGGGAAUGAUGAUGCCUGGUGUGCGAUGAAUCUGGGACAGGAGGAUUUCGGCCUGUUGCUGCGGAAGCCAAAACCAAAAUGUUUCGGGACUAGGUGGAUCAAUAUUUGGGCCCCUGAAGAACAGAAGGAUGCGAUCAAGGAAAUUACGAGCUACUACGGCGUCUCGGAAAGGCUGCAGGGGAUGAUGUGUACCGAUCCCGUUGCAGCUCCGCCAAAAGCUCCAGCACCUGUGCAGUCUCUGAGGGCUAGCUUCCACAGAAGCAUUGAUCGAUCGCAUCGUCCUCGCAUGGAAGAUCUUGAGGAGGCCGUCUCUUUGAAGAACUUAUCGGAUCCAGACGACAUCCAGAAGGCAGCGUCAUUCCGAGGCCUUACGUUUGCCCAUGUCACAAACCAGAUUUGGCACUUUUGCUCGGUGGAUCAUGGCCCUCGAUGGACUGUCAUAUCGAUCCAAGAGAACCCGUAUCCUAGAAUAUCAGAGCCAAGCCCAGAAUCGGAAGUCAAGUCGGUUCUGGGAAUUGUUCGCAGAAACGUGCAGAUCAUAUUUUCAGGUGUUUCCAAGCAGCAUUCCGCUUCAUCAGAAAGUGAAUCGUUGGUCACCAUUCGAGUGCGAGCUUUCAAUGACCCUCGUUCGGACCACGUCAGUAUUCAUCAGGACGAUGGCCCUGGCCUGCUUUUUUACUACAUCUUCGAUGACUGGGUGUCGAGUUAUGCUCUAAUUGCGAAGCGUGAGCAUAAAUAUGGAAUCUUGCUGGAUCGACUGAGAGAGGAUAUGUUGAACAAACCAAUCGUCGACUUGAGCUACGAGCUCAUUUUGACGCGUGUGCUUCAGAGACAGCGCCUGCUGCGCGAUGAAGCUCGCUCACGACACCCGAAAAUGUCACCUGGGCAUAUCAUACGGGGCGGUGAAGCACUUCGAUUCUCAGCGCUACAGAGAGAACCAGAAUUGUGGACCAAUUCCGAAAACUCUGUGGGCGUGCGAUUGAGCUCUGCAGCCGUUGCUCGCUUCGAAAGAUUGCUUGAUCGCAUCAAACUGUAUUGCUUAUCUGAAAUCGACGCCUGCUUGACAGAGAAAGAAUCCCUCACAUUCCUGAAUUUCAACUUGAUCGCCCUGAAAGAUUCCCAGGCUGUCGAGAAGCUGACGAGAAUCACCAUUCUGCUGGCGAAAAUCACGAUUCUAUUCUUGCCAGUCAGUUUGAUGACCGCAUACUUUUCGACCGAACUCAGAGGUGUCAAAGGAGUGUAUACGCAGACCGAAUAUUGGGUCAGCUUCGCAGUCAUCAUGGUCCUGUCAUUGCUGGUCCUUGUUCUCUUUGGUUACGCCAGCGGCACCAUCGAGGGCAAGCCAAUCUAUCAAUCAUUGUCGCGGACGUUUAUCUCCUCAUCCAAGGACAAACUCGGGCAUCAGCGAAAACAUGUCGACUAG